GAAAUUGAAAAUAUUUGAGUGAGAAUAUUUUUUAGCACAAUUGUCAAAGUUUACGGGAGUGACAAAUUUUUUUUUUGAUGAAAAAAAACAAAUUCUUCUAUUUUAAAUUAGCGUGAAUGAUUAUAAAAUCAUUUAAAAUGUAUAAUAGAUUACAAGGAUUGUCGAUUGAAUAGAAUUAAGCGUUGUAUUUUGUGUAAAACAACAGUUGUCAUAUCCCAUAAUGAAGAAUGGUUAUGUUUUUCAAAGGAUAGUGGUUUAACAACAAUGGAGGACUUUUCCCCGUCAAAGUGUAUUUUUCAGAGACGUCUGCAAAAGGAGUUGAUGUCUUUGAUUCGUGAGCCACCACCUGGAAUGUAUGUGGAUGGUGAUAAUGUGGAUGAAAAUUUAAAUCAAUGGGUUGUAAAUAUGGAGGGUGCAAAAGGAACUUUAUACGAAGGGGAACAUUUUCAAUUGCAAUUUAAAUUUAGUCCGAAAUAUCCUUUUGAUUCUCCUGAGGUGACAUUUAUUGGUGGGAAUAUUCCUGUUCAUCCUCAUAUUUACAGUAAUGGCCACAUUUGCCUCUCAAUUCUAACGGACGAUUGGUCACCAGCUCUUAGUGUGCAAAGUGUGUGUUUGAGUAUUAUAUCAAUGUUGAGUAGUUGCAAAGAAAAGACAAGACCACCGGACAAUUCGUUUUAUGUCAAAACUUGUAACAAAAAUCCAAAGAAGACGAAAUGGUGGUAUCAUGACGACAGUGUAUAAUGAAGCUGACUGGCCAAAGUGAUUAAUAAACCACCCAGAGUGCUUUGAUAUGCCCAUUUUUUAGGGAAUUAAAUGACAAGUUUCUUUUUUCAAAAUAAUAAAAGUGACAGAGAAUCCCUCUAUGCAUUAAUUUAAAAAAAAAGAGGAAGUGUAUAUGAUACCACAUCAAUAUUAAAAUAAUUAUUAUCAAUUUGUAAUAUGUUAAAAAAUAUGACGUUAAACUUAUGAUUUGUUUAAUUAUUAUUAGAAAAUAAUGCGCGUUAGAUUAUAUAUAGUGGAUUAAUUUUUGAAGGAAAUAAUAACAUUUAGAUCAAAUAAAAAAACAAAAAAAACAAGUGAUCAAGAAGGCAAACGUGUUAAAGAAAAAAAUUAUAUAAGAAAUAUUUAAUUGUUCGCAGAGGCGUGUUUAGAAUGAGUGCAUAUAUGAUUAUUUAUAUGUAAAAGUCAAAUAUUGAGUAGAUUUAGCGAUGAAAAUGCAAAUCAUUUAGCACAAUGUCAUAUAAAUAUAUAUAUUAUAUAAAAUCCUGUAAAGAUAUUUGAGACUACAUAAUAGGGGUUUGUUGAACAGUGUACACACUGCGUCUGCGUAUAAUCAAUUUAUAAAGAAAAAAAUAUGUAUUAUUAUAUAUUUAGGCACCAAUUUUAACCACAGCUUUUUAUGCUUCGAAAUAAAUUUUUCUUACGUCUUGAAAAAAA